UUAUCGUGUUUGUUUUGGUGUCUCGAAUUUCUCCUUCAGAAUAUUAUCUGAAUUUUACAUUAUUAUGAAUACACCUAGAAGUGGAAUGGUGCAGGAUUAUUGGAAGGAUGGGUGGGACAUUAACAGAUAUAGAGAAGACAAUGAGAGUGAGGAUCAUUGGGAAUUAAGGAGGUUAUUCAUAGAACGGUGGAAAACUGUUUAUCCUGAAGAAAGACUCUUGUGUUUGGCGGAAGUAUUCGCUAACAUGGAAUGGCUGGGAUGCCAAUAUCCUACCGAAGUCAUGAAAGAAGUAGCUGGGCUGUCCCAUGAAAUAAUUGAAGCCUACAGAAGUUCCCGUUCAGAUAAAUUAAAGAAAACCUUAGUUACUGCUGCAGAUUCAUACAAACCUAUGGAUGGAACCAUACCAUCAACAGCUCCUAUGGCAGCAUAUACUUUCUCACACAGCGAAGAUACCACACAACUGGUGUCUUUGCCCCUACACUCUACCGAUGUUGGUUGCCCUUCAAGCGUAAUACCAACAGAGGUAUUACCACCGAGUAGCAUGGUUCUGGAUGAGACUAGCAAGACGUCUUGUAGCUCGGUCCAGUCCAAGCUCUCGCAUUUGAAUAUGAUGCUGGGUAUCACCAGUACAUUAUUUCAAUCUGACACAGAAGUCAUUAACAAGUUAUGCAAGUUGCCUAUAAAGGAUAGGGAGCCACAAAAGCCGAAGCCGUGUGGCUCUGCCCAACUUAUGAUUCCAAUUGCCAAAAUUGCACUCCCAACUGCUUCAGAAGUUACCGACUAUCUCCAACCUGAUCCUAUUAAUAAACAGAAAGAAAACCCGAAUCAAAAUGGGAAACCCUGUAGCUUCAUCCAAACCAUACAGUCUUCUUAUAAGCUGACCUCCAAUACUUCAAUCCCAACUGAUUCUCAAAGUGCUUCCUGCCAAAAUCUACCUGUUGAUCAAUAUACAUCCUGGAAACUACCUCCACGGAAUAGCAAGUAUCAAAACCCGAAAUCCUGGGGCUUAACUCAACCCAUGCUUAGUAAAAUCAGUAUAUCAUACCCAUCGUACACUUCACAAGUGGGUACCAACGAGCUUUCCACCGGCUCCAUUGGUGUCUCAUGGCAGAUAGUCCCGCAGGAGAAGAGCAAGGCUCAAAACACCGAUAUUAUCUCAGCUGUUGACACCGAAACAGCUAUAAAUGAAGCUUUGGAUAAAAAUACAGCAAGAGAAGGGAAAAAAAAGACAAUAAAAAAGAAUAAGAAACAGCGACGUAAAGCGCGGUUACUCCGUGAAGCCGCUGCAACUGCUACGAUGGCUACAACCGUUGGCUCCGAUUCGCAUAUUCCCGUACAACCUGGAAAAACCACUGCAAACCUGAAAAAAACUAUAGUUAGUACUGCGACGAACACUGUCAUCGUAUACCAACCGACCAACGAAUGCCCCCAAUCCAUCAAAGGAACUGCAAUCGUAAAUCCGGCAAAGAGGGCCAAAAAGAAGGCUAAGCGCCUUGACAAGCUGUCCCAGCCUACGAUGGCCUGCCUUAAUAAGAUUUUUACGACUAGUGAGCUUAAUCAAGUAAGACAUGAGCCAUCAUCCAUGGUCAAGUCAACCCACCCCAAGGCUAUUCAUGCUCAAGUCGCUGAGAAAAGGACAGGCUCAAACGAAAUUGUUACACCUAAAGAGGAAGCGCGCAUAGAACCACCAUUUGAGAUGGUAGCUACCACCUACAAGGAGGCAGCCGCAGCGAACUUAGUGGCAGCCGUUACCACCGACAUCUACGCCCCUUUGGACGCUGCAUCAGCAACUUACGUCUUGGAGGCCUUAACAAACCAGAUAGUUAAAGAAGCCAUGACAGUUCCUUGGGACACGAUUGAUAAUAGUCCGAAAUUCGUGGCGGAACCCCGUCACACCCACGGCCAACUGAGGGUAUGCUGUGCAAACGAAAACACCCUCGCGUGGCUUAAAGAACAAGUGGCAAAACUACGCCUGCCGUCUGGCGAAAGACUUAUCGCCACGCGCCUUUCUGAGAUACCAGCACGCAGACGAAUUCGCUGUGGGAUACUUGUCCCUGGCAGGUGGGAUGACGCAAAGGAGAUCGAGAAAACACUGCGGUUCCAAAAUCCCUGGGCACAAGUAGACAGAUGGUGGUUUCACGGUUCAGACAUUCAAGAGAAGCGCAAAGAGUUGUCGACUUUCGUUGUAGUAACGAUGCCGGAGGACAUUAUUCCUACUAUAAUGAAGGAGCAACGCCGAUUGGCGUUUUGUUUAGGAUCGAUCUACGUUAAAUUCUUUGAUGGGCCCAAGCUUGUGAAGAGACUUCCGCUACCGACGGCACCACUGAAGGCCUCCACUUCCAAAAUAGCUACUCCCGCACUGAAACAAGAAGCCCCGACGAUGGUCGUGCUGGAUGCCUUAUCAACGGAGUCCGAUGGGACCGAUUGGGCAGCCGAUAACUAUGGCGGGCACUACGCUAAUCAGAACCUGUAGAUUCAGAUACAGAUGCUGUCCAUAGAUAGCAUGACCUUUUUACUGCUGAUGUAAGUCAGCAUAAACACAGUCCACUACCCCAGAGGAACAUCAAGGGUUCUAAUGGGAAAAUGCGUGGAUAACACACAGCCACUAACGGUCUACGUGGUCUAGUCGUUAGAGCGUUUAGCUCUCGGUCUGGAGGUCCAGGAUUUGAGUCCCGGACCUAACAUACGGCACGUUAAGGUUGCUCUUGGCUACUAUUUACUUAAUAAGGUAUGAAGUUGUUACAAGAGGCAUGUCAAGGGAUUUGCGUUGGCGGCACAAUAAUAACAUUUGGAUUGAUGAGGCUGGACAUCUAUUUUGACCCAAGGGUUUAGUCAGAAAUCAGCGGCUACUUUAACUUGAGAGAAAAUAAGAGUGCUAUAAUCAUCUUGGUAGGUUUUGCUACAAGGAAUGGUACACGUUCACGCAGAAACAUCGUCUGAGGAGGAAGCACCACAGUGGCGAGAAUUAUAAUGAGUUACUCACGCCCCUGAUCACUAUAAUGAGCAGAAGGGUAGAAUCAGAAGUAAUCGGAGGACGAUUUGACUGAAACGGAGUCCUAAGAUUAUAAAUAACCGUCGAUAUCAACCGGCAUGACGAAAGCGUGUA